CUUAUUUCGAAACAGUAGGGACAAAGACACCACGCCAUGACGUUCAUACUUCCUAAUUCAACAUGCUUUGUUCAUCGUCAUAUGUUCAGUGAACUCGAGAAUCUCAUUAGUACCAAAAACAUAAGCAGGAUAACAACUCAGUGCAAGAAACAUAAUGAUCAAAUAAAAAGUGAUGAAGUAGAAACAAAGUGCAUACGGUUAACCGCUUGAAUCACAAUAGAAAUAUAUUGUCGCGACUUCGGGACGCAAAAGAUUAAGCAGUCAGUAACAAUGUGCAAAUCUAAAGCAAGCCUUAUCGGUAAAACUGCAGUGGUGACUGGUGGAAGUUCAGGUUUUGGCUACGACACAGCAAGACUUCUUGCUGAAAGAGGCGCCAGAGUCAUUAUCGCCAGCCGAAGUGAAGCCAAGCUAGCCAACGCAACAGAAAGCAUACGACGAAGCACUGGAAACGAAAACGUUGAUUACAGACAAUUAGACAUGAGUUCGUUGACAUCAGUCAGGCAUUUCGCCAGUGAAACUCUCCUCAGUGAACAAAGACUGGACAUUCUGAUCAACAAUGUCGGCGCUAUCAAUCUCCCUGAUAAGCUCACGGAAGAUGGCCUCAAUACCAUGAUGCAGGUCAACUAUUUCGGUGCUUUCCUACUUACGUAUCUAUUGCUGCCUUUUCUUAUAGCGUCGGGUCCCAGUAGGGUUAUAAAUGUAUCUGCAGCGACGAUGUAUGUAGGUACGAUUGACUUUGAUCAUUUAAACGAUGUGGAAUACUGGUCACCGCUCAGCAUACUAGCCAACUCUAAGCUGGCUACAUCGUUGUUCACAGUUGAGCUAUCGGAAAUGAUUAAAUAUAGUGGAGUGACAGCAAACAGUUUUGAUCCUUUCGUGGUGGCGGAUACGGGGAUUCUGGACAACUUGGGGGUCUUCAAGGACAUUGGUAAAGUGAUAGUGAACAGUAUAGGAAGACGGAGGGAGGACGUGGCCAAUGAGAUAGUGUUUAUGGCGUCUGACCCGAGUCUGGAGCGUGUGACGGGGAAACACUUCAAGUUCUGUAGGUCCUGGUUCAACAGCUGGCUGGCUGAGGAUGUGCAGCUCAGGAGGCGACUGUGGACAACCUCUAAGGAACUGGUGAAGGUGAAGCCCAGUGAGGAGUGGGAUGAAAGUGGUAAAAGACAGGACUGCCUGUAAUAACGUUAUUUUCAUAAGACAUUUAAUUAUAUUUUAAUAAUAUUGGACAGUGUUUUAAAAUAAAUGAAAACAAUAAGUACAUUAUAAUUUAUGUAUUGA